UUCGGCCUCCGCAGUCUCGUACACAUUGUAACACACGUUGAAUUCAAAGCGAAAAAUGUAAUUGACCAACGUCAGUCAAACAUGUCGAAUUGAACAAUCGGGCCGUCGCAACAAAAAAAAAAAAAAAAGACGAACCUGCAACUUGCACGGAUCUCCGUAUGUGCAUUUGAGGACAAGAUUAAACCGACUCACGACGUGUUGACGUAAAAGGCAAAGAUGUCUUCUAAGAGUGAACUAAAAAAGCUUUCGGAAGAGAGCUUGACUAGGCAACCUGAAGAAGUAUUUGAUAUAAUUUGUAAAUUAGGAGAAGGAUCAUAUGGGUCUGUAUAUAAGGCAUUACAUAAAGAAAGUGGACAGGUGCUUGCAAUCAAACAAGUACCUGUUGACACUGACCUGCAAGAAAUUAUCAAAGAAAUUUCUAUUAUGCAACAAUGUGAUUCUCCAUAUGUAGUCAAAUAUUAUGGGAGCUACUUUAAAAAUACAGAUUUAUGGAUUGUGAUGGAGUACUGUGGUGCUGGGUCUGUGAGUGAUAUUAUGAGGUUACGGAAGAAAACUUUACAUGAAGAUGAAAUUGCAACAAUUUUAAGUGAUACAUUAAAAGGCUUGGAAUAUUUACAUCUGCGAAGGAAGAUACACCGAGACAUUAAAGCAGGAAACAUAUUAUUAAAUAAUGAAGGUCAUGCUAAAUUGGCUGAUUUUGGAGUUGCAGGUCAAUUAACGGACACGAUGGCAAAAAGAAACACAGUGAUUGGUACUCCAUUUUGGAUGGCUCCAGAAGUUAUUCAAGAAAUUGGAUAUGAUUGUGUUGCAGACAUUUGGUCAUUAGGUAUAACAGCUCUUGAAAUGGCAGAAGGAAAACCACCUUAUGGAGAUAUUCAUCCCAUGAGAGCCAUUUUCAUGAUUCCAACAAAACCUCCACCUAGCUUCAGAGAACCUGACCAAUGGAGUCCAGAAUUCAUUGAUUUUGUAAGCGUGUGCCUUGUAAAAAAUCCUGAAGAAAGAGCUACAGCUAGUGAACUAUUAAAUCAUGAAUUCAUUGGCAAUGCAAAACAGCCGGGUAUACUCGGACAAAUGAUUAGUGACGCACAUGAGAUUCGUGAGAAACAAAGUACUAAUCGUACGCAUGUAAUAAAUAACGUAGCGAUUAAAAGUCAAAAUAAUGCAGAUGAGUCGGAUGAAGAUGAUUGUACUGGAACUAUGAAACCUUUACCAGAAGAUCAAGGAACUUUAGUUCCAAGUCAUGAUCUACCAGAUACAGGCACACUGACUUCAGCUAUGCUAGAUUUAGGAACUAUGGUUAUUAAUAGUGAUACCGAUAAUGAAGCUACAAUGAAAAGGCACAAUACUGGGUCGGUUGAGUCAGGGAAAAAAUAUCGGCCACUAUUUUUAGAUCAUUUUGAUAAGAAAGAAACGUCGGAAGUUGAAAAAGGAAAUGGUCAAAUUCACUUGGUACAAACUAAUCCUGAAUUGGAAACUAAAACAGAAGUACAAAAUCAGUUAGACGAUCAGAGGUUUCAGAGUCAUUUACAAUCACAACUUAAUCAAAUCUCACAUCCGAUGCCUGAAACGCCUCUUAAUAAUAUAUCUAAAUUGCAAAAUGUUUUUAACGAACGUGAAUUUGAUUUCUUAAAGUUCCUUUCAUUUGAAGAAUUACAACAAAGAAUGGAGAAUUUGGACGAUGAAUUAGAAAAAGAAAUUAACGAAUUAAAAAAGAGAUACCAAACUAAGCGGCAACCAAUUCUUGACGCUAUGGACACAAAACGAAAACGCCAACAGAAUUUCUAACGCAUAGAUACUUUUUAAUUCAAAUUGCGUGUGAUAGAUGCCAGAUUGUACAGAUGUAUAAAUGAUUAGAGAUACUCUAGAAUACAAUCCUGAUUUCCUUAGGAGGAUAGAUAUUGUUCGAUCAAUUCUCCUUGUGAAAUUAUUUUUCUGAGAGUAUCACAAAUACUAGCGAUAGCCUCACGCCAGCAAUGUAAAUUGUUUUACAUGAUUCAGAUAAGGAGAACUACGAUAAUACUUAAUUUUUUGAUAACUGAAUGCAGUUAUUGUUAAAUAUACUAUUCUUAUAGAAAUAUAAUAUUUUAUAGACUAUGAUACCGUGUAGCGAAAUAAAAGUGAAAAUAACGCAGUGAUAUUCGUCGAUGCGUAUGUAUAUAUUAAAAUUAGAUUACUACUUUUGCACUGGAUACAUUUUUACAAUAUUUAUAGCGUAAUAGGGACAAGAUGUAGGCGAAAAACAGUGUAAGAAAGCAUCUUUUUAUGAUUUAGCUAAAUUUUAUAAAUCUAAUUCUAUGCAGUUACUGUUUUUAAAUCAUUAAGUCUUAUGGGUUGAUUUUUCGAUGCAACAUUUUUGUACUUUAAUAGAUCCUAUAUCAAUUUUUAAAUUCUCCAAAUACUAUCACAGUACUUUAAAUUUCAUUUUUUCAUAUCCAAUAUUCGAUUUUGUUAUAACGUGAAUUGUUAUUAAAAUAAUUUUUAUUUUUCUUUAUUAAGGAAAAUAUUUUGAACGUGUUUCAAACAUAUUUUGCAUUGAAAUUAAAUGAUUGCAUAUAGUCAAUACGAAUAUGAACUCUCAAUGUCGAAGCAAAAAUUAUUUGUUUUGUACACAUGUAUCAUUUAAAAUUUUUGUACGUUGAAUUGUUAUGCAUAUUGAAAUAUUCUGAAAUUUCCAUUCAUAAAGCCCAAGUAAUCAUUUUCACAACAGUAUUAACAAAGUCGCCGUUUACCAAACUCUAAUUUUGAAAACAGUGUUAAAAUUGCAUUUUACUGCCAUAUAGUGUUUAUAAAUACCAACUCGCGUUGAACUGAUAUUACAUUCUGACAAAUUGUGAAUAAAUUCAGCGUGAACUCCUUUCGAUAGCUUAUUUUGAUUUAUAUAUAUCAAGGAUUAAUAAUCAAUCAAUCUUUUGUGUAAGAAAGAUAAAAAGCGCAGUGAAUUUUGCAAAAAUUGACAUGUAGAUUCUUUUACAUUAGUCUUCCCUGUUACAAUUAUUUAAAAAAUUGUCUUAUUGUUCAAUAAUUAAGACAUCGAAUGGAUAAAAUUGAAUCAUGUAGUCACGUAUUAAAGAAAACAACGAUGAAUUUUGAUCAUUGUAUUGUAAUGAAAUACGAAAUUGUUAAGUCAAAAUAUUUCCAGGGUAUUGUUAAAAUAUUGGUUGUAUAUGUAGAUUGAUUGUGAAUUUUUUAAGCGGAAAGCAAUGGUGAACAUAUGAUUAUUUUAUUGUUUGAUAAAAUGUUAUGUAUAAUUGUGGUGGUAUUUAUUUUCCUCUUUGAUUUUAUUAAAGGGAUAAAUAAUGUUAUUGGCUCGUUUUAACCAAAAUUCUUCGUCGAUCUUUGCACUAUAGAUGAACGUAAAAGUCACAUAGCAAUGUAUUUAUACAAGAAUUUGAUAAUAGUAGAACUAACUCUAUAAAGUUUGGUCGGAAAGAAAUCAUAAUAAAAUAGUUACGUAUUUUUGAUAAAGGUUCAAUAACCCAUACACCUUUUUGACUUAUAAGGUUCCGUUAUAAAUAUUAUCAAUCAAUUAUUAAUCCUGAAGAUCUUUUUUAAAGAAAAACUAGUGUACCAUCAGUGCGGCAUACUUUGUAUCACUGUUUUGCUUUAUAAACAAAAAUUAAGCAUUAUAUAAUUGUAAGAUGUUGUAAAUCUUUUGGUUGAUAAAACCAAAAAUCGAUUAAAUAGAAUACAUUUUAUGCAUGUGUAAUUAUUUUCUUAUAAAACCUUUUAAUGGUCAUUGUUGAAAGAAAUAGGGGAAAG